UUUAACGGACUUGUGGCUUCGCUCACGCGCGCUUGUUUACUAACAGUUGAACUUUUUUUUAACUCACUCGGUUAUUGUGAAAUUGUUUACUUGUCAACUUAUGGCGCUUACUAUGACGCUAGGACAUCAGAAUAAAAUGUACAACGUUAUUCAACAUUCUGCUCCUCAAGGAAACUGCGUUAUUGUUACUCAACCGAAAACUUCUGUUGUUGCCAACAAGAGACCUUUGGCUCCGGCUCCUGAAAGAACUUCUGUUUUAGUUACAAACAACGAUUUGAGAUGUAAAAGAAAAAUACAGUUCGUGCCUUACGGUGCUCCUCCUCAACAACCAGCUUCUGUAGCCAGAAGAAAUGCUAGAGAAAGAAAUCGUGUUAAACAAGUAAAUAAUGGUUUCGCAACACUUCGUUCCCAUAUUCCUCCCAGUGUAGCACAAUCUCUAUCACCUCAAGGAUCUUCACAAGGUAGGGGAGCUUCCAAAAAACUCAGUAAAGUAGAAACUUUACGUUUAGCUGUAGAAUAUAUAAGAUCAUUACAACAAAUGAUUGAAGAUCACGAAAAUGAAAUGACAGGAAACUCCUCAAUUGCUGGAGAUCAAAUUAACGAUAAUAGAUACUAUACUAACAGUCCCGAUUCUACUCACCUCUAUACUUCGUACCCAGUUCUAUUACCAACUCCUGCUUGUUCAGAAGCUUCUGCAUCUCCUACUCCUUCACACAGCUCCGAAGGAUCAUUUUCAACGACUCAAAGUUAUACGAAUGCUUUAUAUCACUCAACAGAAAAUUACGAAAACUACGAUCCGAAAAGUCCUGAAGACGAAGAACUUCUCGACGCAAUAUUCUCCUGGCAACAAGAAUAAUACUGUUGUAUCAGAAGCAGUACGGCCAGUCAAAAUCUAAUCAAAAAUAUGCUCCAAACCAAGAAACUUAGUGCCUUCAUUCCAUCGAGUGAUAUUUUUUCUACAAUAUUUUUGAAGAAUCUCAAGAGUUUAUCUAACUGUUUUUUCUAGUCAUUGUUUUUGUAUAUAUUUAUUGUAUAUUUUGUUUAUAUAUAAUAGUUUAUAAGUAUUAUUUUAGAUCAUUCGUUAAACGCAAUAAAAUUACAAAUAAUUUAAUUUCAAAAAUUUAGUGUGUUAUGGGUACUUAACUGAAAAAUUUGCUCUCUAUUUUUGUCACAAAACGUACUCAAUAAGAUUGUUGUUAUGCUGUUAAGUUGAUAGUUUUUUAAGUAUUUUGAACUGCCUUUCAAAAUGUAUUGUAAAUAUACUAUUUUUUGAUAAACUGCAUAUUGCA